UUUUAAAAAAAGAUACCCCUUGAACUUCCAAAGAGCUUCCUAUUAAUAGCAACAAAUAAUAUAAAUAACAAUAUAACAGCAAAAUAUUUAGCCCAGGCUACUCUCGGAUACAAUAUGUAUUGUUAGUCUAUUGCCGUUUUUACUUCAUGAAUCCCUUGCGCACCGUUUUUGUGUGUUUCGUGUAAGAUGAGCUCGUACGUAGCAAACAACAUUUUUAAGGAGCAAACGCACGAGGCAUCCUCCUUUAACACCAUGAAUAGUUUUGGCAGUUAUGGCUCUCUCUCUUCCCUCCAUCAAGCCAAUUAUGCCUAUAACGGAGGUCUUCAUUUCAACGGAACAUUCACCUCCUCUGAUUCCACUGCGAACUCUCUGAAACGAGAAGAGAUGGAAACUAGCCUGCGAGGCAAUACGGACACUCAACCUCCACCAGGACUACAGUCUUGCUCAGCUGCGAGCUCCCGGAACUCCGUGCAAAACUGCCUUCGUGAUGGGAUACUGAGCAAAGGGACUGGAAGGCCAAUGGAAGUGGUCGAAAACCCUAUGACUGAAGAAAACGCAAUCAAAGUCGAAACUAUGCAACCCGUGAAAUGUCAAAACCAUUCGAAGAAGCACCAAGACAGUCGACAGCAACCGCAGAUUUUUCCCUGGAUGACAAAACUACACUUGAGCCACGAAUCAUCUGACGGUAAACGCUCUCGAAGCAGUUACACCCGCUACCAGACUCUGGAGUUGGAGAAAGACUUCCAUUUCAACCACUACCUCACCCGUCGCAGGCGCAUUGACCUAGCCAAUUCCCUCUGUCUGAACGAGAGGCAAAUCAAAAUUUGGUUCCAGAAUCGACGUAUGAAGUGGAAGAAGGAUUCGAAACUGAAAUCAAAGGACUCAAUGUAAACAUGGAGUUGAUGACUGAUCUGGAGACGAACUGCUAAAAGAAGUAUGCAGAGGGAGACCAUUAUUCGAAACGUGAAGGCCGUUUUCAUAAAUCAGCACUUGUGUUACGGACUAUUACAUUAUUAGCAUAUUACGUGUUUGUAACUUUACAUGUGGACUUUAAUUCUUUGCUUGAUGGAUGUAAAAAUGGAAGGAAAAUAUUGAACAAAAAUAUAGUAAUGUGUUGUCUAAAUGUAAAGAUUGUGUAAAGACCUUUGGAAGUCUUAGGGAGGAGCUGUGGACUAUAAGGCCACUCCCUCUUUCAUGUUUCAAUGCGAAUACACGAACAUUCUGCCUAUUCUUUUAUCCUUGAGAUAAUAAUUUAGAACAUGUCAGUGAGUGAUACUGAGUGGUAAUACAAUCAAAGCGAGGAGACCUAACUGUUCGUGUCUCUUAUAAUGACGAACAUUUUUUAUUUUAUUAAAUGUCUUAAAAUUCAUAUUUGGGCGCUGAGUGACUUUGUUGUUUUCGGGCUUACAGCAAACAGACGGUUCACUUUCUGAACUAUGGAUUAUGUCCAACCAAAUAUGUAAGACUUUCGUGAUGGUAUUUGAGGACAGCACCCAUACCUACCAUUCCAUGUCUUAUAACCAAUCGAAACAGUGUACAUGUUGAAUAAUCUGCCACCCCCAUAGAUGCACAAUAAUUGCAUAUGUACAGAAGGCCUAUUGUACAAUUGUCUGAAUAAGCUUGUGAUUCAAUCAAAACGCUUACUGGUGUUGAGAAAACGUUUGAAUAAACCUCCCAUACCGUAUUACCAGCACAUUCGUGUAGCAGUUUUGUAUCAGUACACAUGUAUAGGCACUUAGUAUUAAGAAAUAGAUUCGAGGUCCCACACGUCUAUUUAAAAUAUUUACAGUAGGCCUAUCUAUCCCUGACAGACAGACGCAUGCACAUACACGUUUAAAACCCCAAUAAAACUGUAUUACUGCGUUUCCACCUCUCCACCACAGAUAUAAAAUGGUUCCUGUUUUAACAUGAUAGAGCCAGAGAGCAUAGCUAGCUGCUUCUAAAUUCAUAUGGGUUGAGAUGUAUAGGCUAACUUUCUCCAUAGGCCUAGCCACUCACAGACUUGGAUGUUUCAGUGGCCUUACUCACGUACCAAAUGUAAAGCUAUGGUUAUGAAACAUGUUAAGAGAGUAUGCUAUAUGUUUAUAUUCAGUCUAUAUCAAACGCUUUUUUUAAAGCUAACAAAAAAACGGUUUAUUAAUAUUGUACGCUAGUGUAGUAGACAAAACCAUAAAUUGAAACACAGCUACGCAUUGACCUGUAUUUGGCACACUGCUGGCCUAAUUAUUGACACGUAUUGUAACAAGAUGUCUUAACAAAACAAAAAUCUAGUUUCAGGGAAAAUGAUUAAUCAGAUACCUUUUCCUGUAGGAAAUGUUGCCCCAUAUGAAAUAUAUAUAUAUUUUCACUCACCUUGCAGAUUUUAGCCUAGUUUCACUGCUAUAUAAAUACAACAGAGCAUGGACUGAUUUCUCAAUGGCACUGUCGGGCCUAACCGUGCUACAUUGUUAUAUAGGGCUAUCGCAUUCCCCUUUUAGUGUCUCUUUCUUUUAGUAUUUUAAAGUUUGUAAUGUUAUUUAUGCCAAUUGCCUCGAGCAGGGCCUGUGAAUGGUGCACAGGGAGCACGUGGUGCCAUUAAAGUGGGGUUUAUGGCCUGGAAAAACUGACAAACCUUCGAUAUAUACACAUCAUAUAUAAUCUUGUCCUGGAUCGCAGCUGCUGGCUUCUAUUACCUGAGGAAGAAAGGGCUUUGUCUCAGUUAGUGUGGAUUACCCUGGCCCGGACUAGUCCGUCUGUAGUGGUGGUGCUGAUCUCUCGGUCGCAAAUGGAUCCUUAAAUGCUCCAGCAACAAUCGAGGACUGAGGCGGAAUGAAGGGGAGCAUGUAUGUAUCAGUUAAGAAGAAAUAAACGCGUAUUGCUAUGCUGCCUGAAGAAUCGGAGCGUGUUCCUCAGCGCCAUUAAGUUCCUUUCAGACUAUUGGAGGAUAGCUGCAAGUGACUUCACGGUUUAUCCAUCUGGUUAUAUUCAAUACAGUCUUACAUCUUAUUCAAGUCAUUUAAGUUCUGUGUAAAGCUAUAUAUUUAUCAUGCAAAAGAUCAUUCCUUCCCAACUUUUGAGGUCAUAUCCAUUUGAAGUGCACCCUGCUAUAUCUAUGGACCACCACCAAUCCCCCAUAUGUCAUCCACAGGGCUACUACAACACUAGCACCUGCUGGAUAUGGCACUGGACACAGUAGAGGCCACGCGCCACAAUUCAGAGAGAUCCCACUCUUUCGUCCUACUGUCACCUCUUCUGCUUGUGUCAGCUGCACUCUGUUCCUGUCUGACCCGUUCUGAGGCACGCCUGACCAGGUGGAUACCCGCCAUGGUGAUUCAGUGUCCUGUCAUAACUAGGCUGGUGGUCUCCUAAGUAGAGGAAGAGAUGGAAAAAGAUACAGAGACGGAGGGAGAGACAGAGGCAGGCGAGAGUAAGAGUGUUCACCAGCACCCAGCUAGUGUUACUAGAGAAGGAGUUCCACUUCAAGCCCUACCUGUGUCCACCCCGCAGGCUUGGAGAUGGCUGCAGGCCUGAGGCUCACUGAUUGGCAGAUCAAGAUCUGAUUCCAGAACCGACGCAUGAAACACGAGAAGGACCAUAAGGAGGACAGUGUCAUAGAGACUGAGAUGCCAAACCAUCCUUCUCUAUCACCACACACGUUGUCCUCCCUCAGUCUAAGGUUCUCUAUUGGUGUUGGGUACUCAGUUCUUGUCUGGUGAGAGCGCCUAGAUCUCCAACCCUCCUCUUCAUAGAUUAAGAUCGUACCCCUGCUCUGGUUGGUUUUAACAGUAGAAAUGACAGUGAAUGUUUUUGUGUUUCCUCCAUGGAUCUUCCCCAUCUCAUCACCAUACCUGCACCUGUCUCUUACUGUUAGAGACAGCAGUUGUUUGUCCACAGGUCUCUCAGAACCUUCCUUAUGGCACAAUGAUGCACACCUAUCUUAUGACAUCAGUGUACGCUUCAAACGUCACGGCUUCCCCCCUAGAACCUCCUACUCACCCUUGAGAGUAGGGCACAAUCCUAACACCAACAGUGAGGGAAAAAAGUAUUUGAUCCCCUGCUGAUUUUGUACGUUUUCCCACUGACAAAGAAAUGAUCAGUCUAUAAUUUUAAUGGUAGGUUUAUUUGAACAGUGAGAGACAGAAUAACAACAAAAAAAUCCAGAAAAACGCAUGUCAAAAAAGUUAUAAAUUGAUUUGCAUUUUAAUAAGGAAAAUAAGUAUUUGACCCCUCUGCAAAACAUGACUUAGUACUUGGUGACAAAACCCUUGUUGGCAAUCACAGAGGUCAGACGUUUCUUGUAGUUGGCCACCAGGUUUGCACACAUCUCAGGAGGAAUUUUGUCCCACUCCUCUUUGCAGAUCUUCUCCAAAUCAUUAAGGUUUCAAGGCUGACGUUUGGCAACUCAAACCUUCAGCUCCCUCCACAGAUUUUCUUUGGGAUUAAGGUCUGGAGACUGGCUAGGCCACUCCAGGACCUUAAUGUGCUUCUUCUUGAGCCACUCCUUUGUUGCCUUGGCCGUGUGUUUUGGGUCAUUGUCAUGCUGGAAUACCCAUCCCGACCCAUUUUCAAUGCCCUGGCGGAGCGAAGGAGGUUCUCACCCAAGAUUUGAUAGUACAUGGCCCCGUCCAUCGUCCUUAUGAUGCUGUGAAGUUGUCCUGUCCCCUUAGCAGAAAAACACCCCCAAAGUAUAAUGUUUCCACCUCCAUGUUUGACGGGACAGGACAAACCUCCAAACAUGGCUUGAGUUGAUGCCAAAGAGCUCCAUUUUGGUGUCAUCUGACCACAACAUUUUCACCCAGUUGUCCUCUGAAUCAUUCAGAUGUUCAUUGGCAAACUUCAGACGGGCAUGUAUAUGUGCUUUCUUGAGCAGGGGGACCUUGCGGGCGCUGCAGGAUUUCAGUCCUUCACAGGACUACCAAUUGUUUUCUUGGUGACUAUGGUCCCAGCUGCCUUGAGAUCAUUGACAAGAUCCUCCCGUGUAGUUCUGGGCUGAUUCCUCACCGUUCUCAUGAUUGUAACUCCACGAGGUGAGAUCUUGCAUGGAGCCGCAGGCCGAGGGAGAUGGACAGUUCUUCUGUGUUUCCUCCAAUUGCGAAUAAUCGCACUAACUGUUGUUGUCACCUUCUCACCAAGCUUCUUGGCGGUGGUCUUUUAGCCCAUUCCAGCCUUGUGUAGGUCUACAAUCUUGUCUCUGACAUCCUUGGAGAGUUCUUUGGUCUUGGCCAUGGUGGAGAGUUUGGAAUCUGAUUGAUUGAUUGCUUCUGUGUACAGGUGUCUUUUAUACAGGUAACAAACUGAGAUUAGGAGCACUCCCUUUAACAGUGUGCUCCUAAUCUCAGUUCAUUACCUGUAUAAAAGACACCUGGGAGCCAGAAAUCUUUCUGAUUGAGAGGGGGUCAAAUACUUAUUUCCCUCAUUAAAAUGCAUAUCAAUUCAUAACAUUUUUGACAUGCGUUUUUAUUUUAUUUAUUUUAUCCUGUCUCUUACUGUUCAAAUAAACCUACCAUUAAAAUUAUAGACUGAUUACUUCUUUGUCAGUGGGAAAACGUACAAAAUAAGCAGGAGAACAAUUACUUUUUUCCCUCACUGUAGAUUGUGAGUCGAAGGGCUCAAUUCAAUCAAACCAGCCCUGCAGACGUUACUUUUCAUUCAACGUUUUGAUAGCGGCUUCCUGAACAAGGCAUAAUUAUUACCUGUAGUUUAUCCUGAGUAUCCCUGGGACUAGGUUUCUAUUCCAAAGCAACCACUACUGCCCCCUCUGUUGCUAUUCUAUUAUACAUUGUGGCAGAUGUAAGGCAUGAUGUACUGUACAUAGCAUACCAGUCAUCUUUUGGCAUAAUUGACCUGAUUUAGCUUAUAGCAAUAAACUCCUCAAAUACCUUCUACUGGUAUUACUGUACUGUUUUGCAUGAUGAAUGCAUGUUUUGAACACAUUAUUAAUCUGUGUCAGAUAAUGUAUCAGAUAAUUGACUUGUGGUUGUCAUCUCUGUAAAUCGUAGAGAAAAUGAUUUGACUUUGCUAUAGUUGUUUGAUGUUAUGUUCUGAUCGUGUAAGUAACAUCAUUUACUAGCCAUCCAUUUAGUAUUUUCAAGACCUCCUGUGUCAAAUACAUGUGGCUGUUGUAUCCGUAGACCAGAGGGAGGGGAAUUUGACUUUGGCUGUAGGUGUCAUGUGUUAGGUCUUGUUUCAUGUGUUCUUAUCAUGUUCAUAGCUGCUCAUAUGUGUAAGUUGUUUACAUGUGUAAGUUGUUAGGGCUAAGUGUGAAAACAGCAUAUGUUCAUACUGAACAAAGUUCUAUUUUUGUUAUGCAUGUAUUAUGUAAACUAAAAUCAGUUUUUGAUACUGUUCUUGAUUAUUUGAGAUGUUUAAUAAAUGUAUUUGUGUAAAAUCAA